GGAAGAAAGCAGGAGACACUAUAACUGUAUUAAACACGAAUAUAUAAAUGAGAUAUAAAAGACCGCCGCUCAGGUGUAUGAAGACCAGCUUCGGGGCUGUAAGUUCCACGCCGAUCCAGCGGAUCAUUCUGAGCGCAGCAUGUUCUCCAUCCUAAAUCAGCUCAUCCUCUAAUACAGGUGGUGAGCCGGUAAAAGCUGCACGAAAUGCGCCACCACCCGCACCCCGCUACACGCUGCGUUCAGCAUCAGUAUCCUGCAGGAAAAGCCCCCACCCGCCCCGGCGGAGCUCAUCUCAGGUGUUUGAUCUACGGUGGCGUUCAUUUAGGAGGCGGUGUGUCUUUUAGGGGCUGAUCGCCGCGGUCACAUGGGCCGGCUUUUAAGCCCCUGCCUCUCCGCUUUGCCUCUGAUGGUGACGAACUGGGCGGCUGCGGGACUUAUAACGGAGCGCAGUCCGGGGCGCUGCGCUCACACCGCCGCACGUAUCGGAUGUUUCCUCCACAAGCGGCCCCUGGAAAAGGAUGCGGCUUUUUAUCUGCACAACUUUUUUAGGAUUUCUGCUCAAAACAGGCAUCGCUUUGCAAAUCCAGUGCUACCAGUGCGAGGAAGUGAAGCACAACGACUGCUCCACGCCUGAGUUCAUCGUCAACUGCACGGUCAACGUGCAAGACAUGUGCCAGAAGGAGGUGCUGGUGAAGGAGGAUGGUAUUCAUUACCGCAAGUCCUGUGCCUCAUCCGGGGCCUGCCUCAUCGCCUCCUCAGGCUACCAGCAGUUCUGCACAGGGAAGCUGCACUCGGUCUGCAUCAGCUGCUGCAACACGCCGCUGUGCAAUGGCCCCCGGCAGAAGAAGCGGCCCAUCCCAGCAGCAGCGCCCCCUGCUGGGGGGAGCACUGCCCUCCAUGCAGUCUUUUUUUUACUGCCCUUUCUGUUGACAUAAGCCCCACCCCCCAUCCCCCCCACCCCGCCCUGGAUCAGGACUCGGUGCACAACUGCUUUUUCUAGACGCUGCGUUUGGAGAAUUGAAUGUCGGCCGUUGUUCGUUUGUUUACGCCUUCAUUUCUUUAACCUAAAGGAGUGUCGAUGUUCUCCUGUGUGCAGAAACAUCAUCCGUUCAUAAAGCUUCCUGAGAUGAUUACAUGGCGGGUCACUUAUGAGCAUGCGGGAGAAAGCGUUUUCUAUAAAGGGACCUGUCUGUAAGCGUUACGGUCGCCUGACUGGAGCGGCGCUCUGCUCCGAGGACUCGCUGUCCUGACAUGCAGUGCUGCCGCUUUGCUGUUUUUGUUUUCAAGACGAGCAUCAGACUCCUCUCCACAAUAGAUUUAUUUGAGAAAAAAAAAAA